CCGUUAAUAUCUCAUAGAUAUUUCUCGAUUAAAUGGAUCGAUAUAUUGAAUAAGAAUAGUACCCUUAACAUUAAUGUUAUGACUAUGUCGAAUAUGAAUUUCCGUGUUUUAGUUAGAGAUUUGGUUAUUUCAAAACUUUGUAAUGCUUGGGCGCGAAGUUUUGUUGUUAAUUCAAUGACAAAGAGGUGUCGAAGAGACCGUACAGUUCGGGAUGUGUGGCAUAGGUUUCGUCAAGCUGUUUUGAGGCCCAAACACGCGUUGUUAUUUACGACGGUGAGCGCCGCUUAUAAAAACAAUGAAGAAAAACCCGGCAUGCCUACACACUGCUCUAAAGAUAUAUCGGAUGCUGAAAUGCAGGCACUAAUCGCAGACAUCGAGAGCAUGGAGGAGCUGGCCAAGGCAACUCUCUUUUGCAUCGGGUGUGCUAAGAGAGUUGUCAUUGAUUCAAGACACUCCGGAGUGAGAUAUUGCAACUGCGAAAACGCCCAACCGCCGGUACGGUCUUACGACGGCUGGGAGCCUUACAUGGAGGCCGAGGAUGUCAUCAUAUGGCGCAAGGAAUACAAACCUGGGGGACUGUAUGCUUAUAAAGUAUAUGGCCGCUAUAAACAUAUAAAAGCCGAAGACUUCGCAGCCAUACAAGUCGACGGUGCUUACCGCAAGGUGUGGGACUCUGCGGUGGCUUCGCUUUCUGUCGUGGAGAGGACUGCCAAUGGUAUGGCUGGACAGGAUGUGUUGCAUUGGGAAGUGUUGUGGCCGAGAUUGUUCGCGAACCGUGACUAUGUAUAUAUACGUCGGCACAAAGAAUACGCCUUGAAAGAUUCGUGCAUGGCACAUAAGGAAGCGAUAUUCGAGGACGAGUCGUGCGGGCCUAUCACUGGCGCUGUUCCAGUACCUGUUGCUGCCGAAAAUCCAUGCGAAUAUCAAUGCGAACGUGAAUGCGUCCACUCCCCGGCGAAACGGAAAUCGCAGGAAGCAGAACGGAAGUUCCUAGAAGCAGAGCGGAAGUACCAAGAAGCAGAGCGGAAGUCCCAAGAAGCAGAGCGCAAGUACCAAGAAGCAGAACGGAAAACCCAAGAAGCAGAGCGGAAGUUCCUAGAAGCAGAGCGGAAGUCACAAGAAGUAGUCGGGAAAUUGGACCCAGCACAGCGGCAACGGUCACAAGCGCAAGCGAAAGCGAGUGAAGAGCCAAAGCGACCAAAUCAACCAAAUGAACAUGAGAACAGGGUCUAUGUUAUUGUUUCGAGGAGCUGUAAACAUCCACAGGUGCCGUCAAUGGGCAGUGCUAUCCGAGUGUCCGAGUAUUGGAGCCACAUGGUGAUCAAAACCCUCGACGGCCCGAACAAGAACGGCAUGGAGUUUGUACUGACGUACUACGACGAACCUGCAGUGGGUGGCCUCCCCACCGCUGUCAUGUCGUGGGCGAUGGGUCGCGCCGGGCCAGCCUUCCUCGACCGCAUGAGGAAAGCCGCCAUGGAGUACCAGGCCUGGAAGAAAAAAGCACAAGAUGAGGUGAGUUCCACCAUCACAACUUGGCCUUUUUACGGCAAGAGUGAGUAG